AAGCAGUACGGUCGGUUUAGUUCUGUGUUGGGCUUCAUCUCCGAAGUUUGCUGUUUGGCUGUUGGUUGUGUCGUGUCGUGUUUCGGUACGUUCCGUGUCUGUCCGUGUGUGAGGUUUUGCUGGCUACCUCGAAGAAUCGAUUACACAGCAAAAGCCUCCUGGGGAGGCCGAUGGACGGUGGUGUCCCGCGGGAAGAACAGCACUAUCCUGCUGGUGGAUUCGGUGAUAUUUUGUGUUGCAAAAGUGAGUUACAAUUUCCUGCUUUCAAAAGUGAAUGGGUGAUUACUUUUCCCAACGUUUUGGUUCUGCCAAGUUUGACACAGAAAGGCGAGCAACAGAGUGAGUGAGUGGAAAAUCGGAGCAAAUGGAACUGGUUCUACCAGUUUUUGGAUGGACGGUCUCGUCUCGGUCGUAUGAGUCACGGUGAAGUGAGGCUCGCUUUCCCGUUGGUACGUUGGUUUGUCGGUUGUUUUGAAAGGUCGAUACGGAAACGGAGGCUGAAGUCGGACUUGCUAUCAAGAACUUCCAGCCGAGGAUCCGCUAGUAUGUGUGAUGGUAUUGGUGGGUUUAUCAGAAAUGUCGUCCUUCGUGAAAGGCAAAAAAGGAUGCUGUGUGUCUUUGUUCAGUGAAUGAGUGCUGCGACGCCAGAGCUAGUAGUUGUUAGUGAAAUUCCUGCUAGGAUAUACAAAGUCCUUUCAGCGUGGGCCGCCCGAAGUGAUAUCAAAUAUUGGUAAAGUUUAAAGUACACAGUCUCGUGCAUACGCAAUUGCGAAUGGUGUUAAAGUGGAAAGCAAAAGUGGCAUAUCCUUUGAUCUUGUGCUAAAGUGAGAGUGCAAAUAAUGCGUUACAAAUCAAGCAUCUGAAUGCCUGGAUCCACCGGUUAGGCUAUUUGUUAUUAAUUUUACAUGCUUUUAUUUGCCCCGCUUCCAAGUGUAGCAGCAGCAGCAGCAGUAGUUUGUCGGUUUUGCCAAUUUAUAGUGAUAGUGGUGAGAUUGUGUUGCUUUCCGACAGCUAUCCAACAACUGCUUUCGAUUCGAGGGAAAAAAUAAUACAAAAUACUCGAUUAAUUUCGUGCCACUCGAGAGCUCAGCCAGUGAAAUUUGUGCAUCCAAUUGUGUUCAACACCUCUCGACCAGUGAAGGUCUCAGCCGACUAACCACAAUCUACCGCCACACGAAGGGUGGAACUACACAACUCUUGGCCGGAUAAUGCAUGCCCAAAUGCGCCGUGAUUUGGUUGGCUGCAUUCAUUGGUGAUAACUCAUUCAUUACUUGACUGGGGUUGUCAUCAUUACAGCUGCACACAGAGUGAAGUGUUGUCUGUAGUUCCUGUUUUUUUUUCAUCCAUCGGAGUCAUUGAAUUCGUAAUGUUCGUCGGCAUCACAAUAAAUAUGAAUCGCAUGAAAAGUACCCAAAGUGAAUAGUGAAAAUAUCGUCAUGAAAAUUGUGAAAAAGUUAUGCUCUGAUUUGAGAUAGAAGCAGCACAGUUUUGAAACUUGAGUACAGUGGUCGAAGUUUGCAACUCAAUAGUACUGACGACAGAGCCAAUCCGCAGUCCGUUCACUCCGAGUCAAAUCAGAGGGGCGGCCACAUUUGUUUAUUAUUUCGCGUUUUGAUUGCUGCUGGGCGUAGAGUGAAGAGAGAAUCAAAAUACAUAGUACAGCAGCAGCAGCAGCUAACAACGUUCGGAAACAUCUACACCAGGUUCCGUUUCGCGCUGCCUGGCAGUGAAACCCCCGGUUCGUCUCUGGGUGUUACAGGCAGGUAGCAAACGGGGGACAGCGGUGUGGCGGCAACGGUGGCAGUAUUGUUUGGAAAAUGUUUCUAAAAUGUGGAUUAAUCGUUUUCACUCUUCUCGUCAUCGACAUCGAAAGUGGUUACGUAAGAGAAAUAAAGAAAGAACGUCCUCUCAACGAAUACAUAUCCCACUACGAAACACUUAGCUACGACCACAAACAUCUGCAUGCUAGUCACAGUAGAGCGAAAAGAUCGGUCACCAAAGAUCACCAUGUAUAUCUUAGAUUUAAGGCGCACGGGAGAGAUUUUAACAUUAGGCUAAGACGAGAUCUCAGUACAUUUAGCGAUAAGUUAGAAAUACACACCGAAAGUGGUCCAAUCGAGGCGGACACAUCCCACCUCUAUCAGGGCGAGGUCCUGAGCGACCCCGACAGUCAUGCGUUCGGUUCCAUCAUCGACGGAGUGUUCGAGGGUAAACUGAUAACGGCCCGGGACAGCUAUUAUGUUGAGCGGGCGAAGCACUAUUUCCCCAACAGUUCCCACCCGGACACUCAUCCGUUGCACCACGUGGACGGUCACGACAAACCGUUCCAUUCGGUCAUCUACAACGAGAAGCAUGUGGAUGAUCCCUACCGGCAGCGGCGGAAAGCAGUUCUGUACCAACAGCCAUCACUCUCGUUUCGUUUCGAGACAAGCCUCUUAGCAGGCUAUUACCAGCAAUUAGUGCCGAUUGUAGGUGGAAUUUCUUCGCGGUUUGACUGCAUAAACGGAGCACUGCGCCGCCCGAUUUAAACACUGAAUAAAUGG